UUUAAAUCUAUGGAAGUAUGGAAGAGACUGGUUUCAGACAGAUUGGUUGAGUUAGCUAUUGAUAUUGAUGCCCAAGAACUCUUAUCUGACCCUGAUGGAACAGUAGGUAGAAUGUGUCCUCAAUGCUGUAAAGCUUUAGUAAGGUUUCAAGAGUUAGAAAAGAGCACUAAGGAGAGGAUUAGCAAUGCUAUUGAAGUCAUAAUGCAUGAUGAUAGAUGGGCACAUCUACAGUCUAAUGGAGAGCAUGAUAUUACUAAUAAUUCUGGAAUGGAUCAUGAUUUCAGUUGCAGUACUCCAAGCAGAUCAAAUAAGCGUUCAACUUCACAAGUGGAGUCACCAGAUAUAUCUAUUGUUGUCAGUAAUGCUAAGAGACGAAAAGUGUACAAAGUAACACCAAGCCGUAAGGAUGCUGUUAAUGCAUACGCUCGAAAAAGCAAGAGAAAAAUAGCAACAGAAUGUUUAGCUGAUAAAAAAUCAAGGCAGUACACUUUGUCGAGCAUCAGUAGAACUAUUGAAACCGAAGUUAAGAGGAUGAGUAGCGUCAACUCCAUUCUAUGUAGUCAGUCACCAGAUCAUUUGAAGUUUUUUCAUUGGGAUAUGAUUUAUAAUGAAUUACAAAGUAAAGCGCCUGUUCUUUUACAAUUUCUCGUGUCUGCUACAAACACAAAAACCAAACGAAAGAAUAGAAUUGCUGUUAUUUGUACCUGUGCUGCAAUAAUCUUAAAGUAUCGUUAUAGAAAUUUGAAUUUGCUUCAAAAGGUCUUAUCCCUAAUAUUGUAUUCUAGCCAUUGUUCAAAGAAGCUGGGCGUAGGUGUGUCUAAUGGGGCUAAAUCCUUGAUCCACUUGAUUAAGUUCCUUCUAUCCAACCCUUCUGUCCCCCAUCUUAUUCAGUGUUGUCUCCUGGACUUCUCAAAUUCCUUCAACAUCAUUGAUAGAUCAACUCUUUUCCGAGAAGUUCGUUAUCGCUUCCCUUCUUUGUCCCCGUGGUUGGAGUGCUACUACGGAGCUCAGCCUAACCUUCAUUUUGGUGAGUACACUCUGUUGAGCUGUGCAGGGGUUCAGCAGGGAGACUUUUUGGGUCCCCUGGCCUUUUCCAUUCUGUUCCACCCUAUUAUUGAAAGGGUUCAGUGUGAGGUCCCUGGUCUCUUGCUUAAUGCAUGGUAUUUGGAUGAUGGCAUCCUCACUGGUCCUCCUGCUUAUCUCCUGUCUGCCCUUAAUAUUAUUGAAGACAUGUGUCCUCCCUGUGGUCUUUAUCUCAAUCACUCAAAGUCUCCCCUACCUUCCCUCUGGGGUGGAUUCUUCUAA